AUGGAGCCGUCAGCGAGUCCGGCCAAGGAUAACUGCAGGAUGAACCGCUACAAAAACAAAGCACUGAACCCAGAGGAGAUGAGGCGCAGGAGAGAAGAAGAGGGCAUCCAGCUCAGGAAACAAAAACGGGAACAACAGCUUUUCAAAAGGAGAAAUGUUGAUACAGUCAGUGAAGAUGAAGCCAUGUUUGAAAGUCCUCUGGUGGAUGCCUACCUCAGCUCUCCUGCAACGGAAGCCGUAAUUACAAAAGAGAUGGUUGACAUGCUUUUUUCUGACGAUCUGGAACUUCAACUGGCCACAACGCAAAAGUUUAGGAAACUUCUGUCCAAAGAACCUAAUCCCCCCAUUGAUGAAGUUAUAAACACAGCUGGUGUUGUGGAGAGAUUUGUGGAAUUUCUGAAGAAUGGUGACAACAGCACGCUACAGUUUGAGGCUGCCUGGGCUCUGACAAACAUUGCAUCAGGUACAUCCAUGCAGACCAAGACCGUGAUCGAGGCUGGUGCAGUACCAGUCUUUAAAGACCUCCUCAACUCAGACUUUGAAGAUGUCCAAGAACAGGCUGUAUGGGCCUUGGGAAAUAUUGCAGGAGACAGUGCUGUAUGCAGAGACUAUGUUCUGAACUGCCAAAUCCUCCCUCCUUUAUUAUUGCUUUUGACCAAAUCCACUCGCUUGACUAUGACAAGAAAUGCAGUUUGGGCUUUAUCCAAUCUCUGCAGAGGAAAGAACCCACCACCAGCUUUUGAGAAGGUCGCCCCCUGUCUGCCCGUGCUGUCCAGGCUUUUGUUCAGCAGUGACCCGGACUUACUGGCUGACGCAUGCUGGGCCCUGUCCUACCUCUCUGAUGGCCCCAACGACAAGAUCCAGGCUGUGAUCGACUCUGGGGUCUGCAGGAGACUCGUCGAACUGCUCAUGCACACUGACUACAAGGUGGCGUCCCCCGCUUUGAGAGCCGUGGGGAACAUUGUCACAGGAGAUGAUAUUCAAACACAGGUUGUGCUGAAUUGCUCUGCCCUGCCCUGCCUUCUGCACCUCCUCAGCAGUGCCAAGGAAUCCAUCCGAAAAGAGGCCUGCUGGACAAUCUCCAACAUCACCGCUGGAAACCGGGCUCAGAUUCAAAAAGUUAUAGACGCAAACAUUUUCCCAGUACUAAUUGAAAUUCUACAGAAAGCAGAGUUUAGGACCAGGAAAGAGGCAGCCUGGGCCAUCACCAACGCAACAUCUGGCGGAACACCAGAACAGAUCAGGUACUUAGUGAACUUGGGCUGCAUAAAGCCACUGUGUGACCUGCUCACUGUCAUGGACUCAAAGAUCGUGCAAGUGGCUCUGAAUGGACUGGAGAACAUUCUGAGGCUGGGCGAGCAGGAGGCCAAGCAGGAGACCACCGGCACGGGGGUCAACCCGUACUGCGCUUACAUUGAGGAAGCCUACGGCCUGGACAAAAUCGAGUUUCUUCAAACCCACGACAACCAGGAGAUCUACCAGAAGGCGUUCGAGUUGAUCGAGCAUUACUUUGGCGGGGAGGAUGUGGACAGUAGUCUGGCUCCACAAGUGGACCAGGCCAAUCAGCAGUACCUGUUUCCCCAACAAGAGGCCCCUAUGGAGGGUUUCCAGCUAUAG